GAACCAUCGCGCGGGCACGCGACUGAAUUGCGGUGCCAUGUUCUGGUUCUGGCGGAAGCAAGAGGCUAAGGCGGCCGGCCAGGACGUAGAGGCCGAAGGCGAAGAGGCAACGCAAGCUGAUCAGCCAGUGGAAUCGAAGCUAAGGCGACUCCUGGCAGACUUAGAUGAUGACGCCAGCGACCACUCAGAUGACUCCUAUAUUUUCCUCAAUGAGGGCGAAAGGAACGACGAGGAAGGUGCUCAAGAUCCAUCAGGUCCAUCGACCGAGCCAAAUCCGGCGACGUCAGACUUGCCAAGCACAGCUAGUGGCAAGGGCAAGGGCAAAGGUCCACCUCCUCCCUCGAAGGGAAGUGGAAAGGGCAAAGGUAAAGCUCCGCCGCCAGCCGGUAAGGGUGUGAAGGGAAAAGGCAAAGCUUCGGCACCGCCCCCGCCCAAGGGCGCGGGGAAGGCGGAGCCCAAGUCGCAACCGAAAGGUCCUGCGCUUCCCAUAGGCCGUCGCUUAUCCUUGAAGCCGAGUUCAGUGACAGCAGAAGCCUUUAAUUUGGUGACAGCACGCGGAGAGGAAAGAAGCGAGGCUCCUCCCAGGCCUGAGGAGGAGCUAGUCGACCUGGCUGAGUUGCACGAAACCUUUGCUGCGGCGCCUACCCAGGCGAUCAAGACAAAGAUCCGCGCCAGGAGAAAAGAGAUUCUGCCCAGAGGCAUUGCACAGAAUGUGGCGAUUGCCUUGGCGAGGCUUGGGCAAGGAGCCACCGAGAACCUGGCCGCGGCCUUGAGGGCAUUGAGUGGCGAAGGUGCAUCUCUGGGAGUCCCUGCGGAUGAGGUCUCAAGACUUCUGGAGGUUUGGCCUGAUGAGAAGGUCUUAGCUCCUUUGAAGGACUUUGCCCUCAGCGAAGCGGACCCUGAGCCGCUACGCGACGUCGAAAAGCAGCUCUUACCCCUCUUAGUGAUUCCACGUGUCCGGCAGCGCUUGCGCUUACUGGUCCUGGCAGACACGGCGGAGAAACGAGUCGGAGAGGCCCUCGAUCAGCUCCAGCUGUUACGGAGGGCCUGCUACGAGAUCCAGAACUCUUCGCUGCUGCGGGAGCUGUUGGCCAUCAUCGUGUUGCUGUUCAACUAUGUGAACUUUGGAGCAGCCCCUGAGAAGGCUCAAGUCACCAGUUCCCUGAAGGGGGUGGACGUGCCAAGCUUGCUGCGCUUGCGCGAGACCAAAGCGUCCAAAGGCGAUUUUCCCGGUUUCCACAUGCUGCAUUUUGUGGUGAAACAGCUCUUGAAACAGAGAGCGUCCUGGAAGAAGGAGAAGGUCGACGAGGAGUUGCCGUCCUUGCGCAGAGCCUGCAAGGUCCACAUGGAACGUUUAAACUCCGAGCUCCAGGAGUUGAAGGGCGACUACUUCUUCGUCCAGACGGAGUUCCAGGAACACCGCGAGGAGUAUCACGGGUCCGACUCCAGCGACGAGGAAGUGGAACCAUCUACGGAGCACCCGAACUGGGGCUUCUUGGACAAGCUACUGGCAAGGGGCUUGGACUUCGCCAAUUUGGCGGAAGCCUGGCUCAGGGGCGAUGAGGUGCUGGGUCGACCGUAUCAUCCCUCCGUGGGCUGCUUCGCAGCUUUCGACUCCCUGCAGGGCGAGGACGGAUCUGCACCUCCAGGAUGGCUUUGGCUGUGCCGACCAUCAGGACGCUGGCAGCGUUGCUGGUCCGAGGUGCGAGGCCCAGUGCUCGUCUUGUACAAGGUUGAGCUUCACCACUGCACCGGAGCCACCUAUGUGACGUUGCCGGGUGCAUUGCUGGCAGAUGGCAACAAGGAGGAGAUGGGCAAAGACGAGGCACAUCUCUGCCAAGAGGGAGAUUCAGAGGACUCCGGUGCGCCCAAAGAUGGUGCCAGCUUUGAGUUGAUUACAGCUGGAAGCAACGGGCGUUUGUUGAGACUCUGCGCUUCCUCACGGAAGCAAGCUGCGUCCUGGCGGCGUGUCAUUGAGCAGGUGGCCAAGAGACCAGGUGCUGGAUAUCUUAGCGUGUCGGGCCCUGGGCAGAGUGAGGAGACCCUCUUCUGUGCCGCUGCGGGCGAUGAAUUUGCUGCCUAUGAGAGGCCGCGAGACGCUUUAGAGGCGAUGUCGCCUCGCUGGCGCUUGGGCCGCGACUUCACCUGCCGCCGCACCACGGCAGUGAGUUUUCAGCUGGUAAAGGAAGAGGAGCUCUGGAAUUUCGGUUGUCAGGACAUCAGCGAUGCCCAGCGCUGGUUUGACUACUUUUCCUCUCUCGAUCGAUCCGAAGGGUCCCAGGCGUCAUCUCCGGUCCAUCGAAACCGAGAGGCGGAGACGGAGAGGGAAAAGAACGAGGACUUCCCGCAGUGGAAGGUGCAUCCCCAGUCGCCCAUUGCAGAGGAGCCAAGUUCCGAGGAUGAGACCGUUGCAACGGCCAGUCCGCGCGAGAAUCGUGUUGAGACUCUGGCACAGUUAGAACUGACCUUAGCGCGCCAUGUGAACCGCUUUGAGCAGGCGUUCCGCUCAGCGGAGGACGAUUGCAGGGAGUUGCUGCGUUUCUUUGGGCUCGAGGACAGCAGGUUCGGCGCUUCGUCGCUCCUGGAGUCUUUGAACGACUUCUGCGGGCAGCUGCGAAGCGCCUGGGACGACCUGGAGAAAGCCCAGCAGAGAAACAUCCGCUUGCAGACACCCAGGAAAACACCGCGCAAGACACCCAGAAGUGGGUCACUGGCCAUGGCGGCCAUGAAUUCAUCGAUGAAGGAUGAUGACACCAUUCAGCAGUGGAGGCGUAUUUGGAACUUGCAUUCGACCGGUCCGAUCACGGAAUGAGAGGGACAUUGUCGGUCC